AUCUCGUGCGAUGUACAAACGAACCCAACGUGUCGAUACCUCAGUUGGCGAAUCUGUUAAUAGAACGAUCGCAGAACACAAAUUGGACAGUCGUUUUCAAAGCUUUGAUCACAGUGCAUCAUAUGCUUUGUUACGGCAAUGAGAGGUUUACACAGUAUCUAGCAUCCAGCAACAGCACGUUUCAACUCAGUAAUUUUCUCGAUAAAAGCGGCGUUCAAGGUGAUCACAUUGUGUAAAAGAAUCUUCUUGCAUUAACUUCUGUCGAGUGGUUCAAUUAGAUGCUCGAUUCCGGUUAAUUCCCUGUCAAUGUUCAUUGCCCCUUAUUUCUUCUUUUUUUUAAACUUUAUUCUUCUAAUAUUGAUCCUGAGUAAAUAGUAUUUGAUUUUAAAGAGUAUAUAUUUAUAUGUAAAUAUAUAUAUAUAUAUAUAUAUAUAUAUAUAUACA